UUAUGAUGCUAUUUUAAUAAUGCCAUGAGUAUCAUUAAUAAAAUCAGAUUCUUGCUUAGGAAAUAGAGGGUCUAAAGGAUGAAAACGAUGAUUUAAGUAGAGGUAUUUCAUUUCAUAUUUAUUUUAGAAUGUCUACAUUUAGAAGGUUAAUCAGAACAAUAAAUAAGAUAUAUAAAUUGUUUAAAAUAGCUAAAUCAAAAAACAGAAGAAGCACUAUAAAAAUUAUAAGUUUAUUAAGAAGAAUUAAAACAAUUAUUACAUAAAGGAAAACAAGAUCAAGGACCUAAAUUUGAUCCAAUUCAAUUUAUUAAAAGUGUAACAGAUGCAUAAUAAAAAGUUGAUAUACCUUAGGAAUUAUGUGAAGUUGGAGAAAGUAAUAAUUUAUAUAAUAAACAGAUUUAUCUUUUGAAAAAGAAAUUAAUUAAGUACCACAAAUUUCUAAUAAUGAAAUAGAAGUAAAACAAGGCCUUUCAUUUAAUUAUAAGUAUUUAGCUGCAAUUACUGCAACUAUAGCAUUAGGAAUUAUUAUUAAAAAAAAGUUGCUAUGA